AUGGCGAUCCUCACGCGCAGGGGUUUCACAAACCGUACAGAACCUGAGGCCAAAUUCCAAAGAAAACCUGCCCAGGAAGAAAAGAUUGUUGUCCAGGAGCAAAAAAGCGUGGUCUUGUCAACUUCUGUGACGCCUGAUAAUGCUGAGGUCAAAUGGUUCAAGGAUGGGAUUGAAAUCAAGGGCAACAAGAAGUAUGAGAUGAAAAAAGAUGGAGCUUCCCGGACCCUGACUGUGAAGCAGGCUGAGGUCAAGGAUAUUGGUGUUUACACCUGCGAGACCAAGAAUGACAAGCAGCAGUUCCAAGUUCAGGUCCAAGAAGCCCCAGCCUUGUUUGUGAAGAAGCUGGAAGCCAAAACGGUGGAGGAGAAGGAGACAGUGACACUAGAAGUAGAGCUCUCAAAGGCCACCACGGAGGUGAAGUGGGUGAAGAAUGGCAGCCUGCUCCAUUCAGAUGCCAACAUGGAGAUCAAGGCCGAGGGGACAAAGCACAGCCUCGUGAUAAAGAGUGCCGCCUGCGAGGACCGUGGUUUUUACGCCUGCGAGACCCUCCAUGACAAGACCCAGGCAAAACUCACUGUGGAAAUGAGGCCCAUCAAGGUGGUGAAGGGCUUGCAACCUAUGGAUGUCCACGAAAAAGACUCUGUCACCUUCGAGGUGGAGUUAUCCCAUGAAGAUGUGGAAGGGACCUGGAUGAAGGAUGGCUUGAGGCUGAAGCCCAAGGAGAACUGCCUCAUUAGCGCCAAAGGGAAGAAGCAUUCGCUGACCCUCUCCAAACUUGCCAUGGAGGAUUCGUGUCUCAUCGCCUUCAAGGCAGAAGGAGUUCACACCACAGGAAGACUUAACGUGAAAGAAAGUCCAGUGAAAAUAAUCAAACCUCUGGUAGAUCUCAAAGCUCAGCACAAGGAUAACGUCACCUUUGAGUGUGAACUGUCCCGGGCUAAUGCGGAAGUGAAGUGGCGUAAGGAUGGCACUGAGCUUCGGCCAAAUAAAAGAAUCGUAAUGGUGGCCCGGGGGACGAAGAGAAGCCUCACCAUUCACAAAUGUGAAUACGAAGACCGAGGGAAAUAUAUGUGCGAUGCGGAUGAUGACAAGAGCACUGCUGCCUUGGAGAUCCAAGCCCGAGACAUCAAGAUUGUGAAGCCGCUUGAAGACUUGGAAGUGAGCGAGAAAGAAAGCGCGUCGUUCCUCUGUGAGAUUUCGCACGAUGAGGUGGAAACGCAGUGGUUCAGCAACGAACACAAAAUCCGGGCAGGAGACAACAUCAAGUUGCGUCAAGAUGGAAAGAGCUACCAGCUUGUCUACAGAAGCGUGGAAGUGGAGGACUCAGCGGAGAUCAAAUUUGUUGCCGAAACGGCAGAAUCUCGAGCAAAACUUAAAGUGAAAGAAUUGCCUGUACGGUUUGUGAAACCCCUGCGCGUGAGGAUCGCCAUUGAGAAGCACCGGGGCUUUCUGGAGUGCCAAGUGUCUCGGGCCAACGCGGAGGUCAAAUGGUACAAGGAUAACAAGGAGAUCCAUCCGGGCCAGAAGUAUGAGAUGGUGAGCGACGGGGUCUACAGGAAGCUCCUCAUCAACGAGGCCGAAUUUGAGGACGAAGGAAUCUAUACCUGUGAUGCAACUGAUGAGAAGAGCACUGCUCAGUUCUACGUGGAAGAGCAAUCCAUUAAUAUUGUGAAGGAGCUGAAAGACGUUGAGGUGAUUGAGCCAGCGGAAGCCAGGUUUGAGUGUGAGAUCUCCAUUCAGUCGGUGAAGCCUCCCAAGUGGUCCUUACGUGGGGAGGUCCUCCAAGCCAGCAAGGACAUUUUGAUAGAGCAAGAAGGGAAGAUCCACCGCCUGAUCUUGAGAAAGACUGACGUGGACAUGACCGGCACCAUCCAGCUUGCCAUUGGCAAAUCCAAAUCCUCAGCCAACCUGGUUGUGAAAGAGCGCAAGGUGGAGAUCACCAAACACCUGCAGGACGUGGAGAUCGAGGAGGAGAGCUGUGCGGCCUUCUCCUGUGAACUGUCUGAAGACACUGAAGAUGUGGAAUGGUUCCUCAACGACACACAUCUCUUUCCCAACAACUUCAAUGAGAUCAAGAGCCUUGGCAAGAUUCACAGCCUGACGCUAAAACACGUCAUGCCAGAAGACUCGGGGACAGUGACCGUCAAGGUGCAUAAGAAGGUCUCCGAGAGCGCACGGCUGAAGGUGAAAGAGAAGCCUGCUGUCUUCAUGAAAUCCUUGGAUGAUGUGGUUGGAGAAGAGCGGGGCACCAUCACCCUGGAAUGUGAGGUCUCCAAGCCAAAGGUCAAACCCAUCUGGAAGAAGGAGGGCCUGGAGCUCACGCCAGGAGAGAAGUACGAGAUGCUUCAGGCGGGGAAGACGCUGGGUCUCGUCAUCCAUGACCUCAGCAAGAGCGACGCCGGACUGUAUACCUGUGACCUCGGCACAGAGGUCGCCAAGUCUAGGGUCAACAUCCAAGAGCUGAAUGUUGGCAUCACAAAACGCUUAAAGAACACCGAAGUGCUGGAAGGAGAAAGCUGCAGCUUUGAAUGUGUCCUCUCCCAUGAGAGUGUUGAGGAUUGCCAUUGGCUGCUCAAUGGGACUGAAGUGGGCCAUGAAGGACGGUUUAGGGCCUUCAACAAAGGAAGGAAGUAUACCCUCAAUAUCAAAAAAGCCCUACCUUCUGACGCUGGAGAAGUGGUUUUCUCUGGACGGGACCUGAACUCUAAGGCCUUGCUGGUCGUGAAAGAAAAGCCAGCAGAAUUUACCAAGAAGCUGGAAGACAAGACCACGGUGGUGGGCCAGGAGGUGAGCCUGAGCUGUGACAUGUCCAAGUGGGACAGCAACGUCAAGUGGUGCAAGGAUGGGAAGGAGAUCCGGAGGAGCCAGAAGUACGACAUCCGGCAGGAGGGGACCCGGGCCAUCUUGAUCAUCCACGAUGCCUCCGUCAAGGACAGUGGGGAAUAUACCUGCGAGACAGAAAUCUCCAAAACCAAAGCAAGGCUUACUGUGGAAGAAGCGGGGAAUUGCUUCAUCAAAGAUCUUUCAGACCUGAAGAUAGAAGAAAAUAAAAAAGCAGUUUUUACCUGUGAAACUAAGAAGCCAGCUUCGACUGUGACAUGGAGGAAAGGGAUCACGGAUCUCAAAGCGAGCAAGAAAUGUGAGAUUAGCCAGAAGGGGAACGUGCUGCAACUCACGGUGAACGACUUGGUGGAAAGUGACACCGACAUCUAUACUUGCGACAUUGGUGACAUGCAGUCAAGCGCAAAGCUGGUUGUAAAAGGCUUUCAUAUUCCUACUUGCAAAACAGCACAUAGGGAAACCCUGAACCCACAUUCCUUGAUCUCCUGUUUUAUGUUCACCGUCUUCAAUUCUGCAUUUUUAGCCCUGCCGGUUCUUAUUCAACAAGAACUGCAAAACAGGGAAGCUCAGGAAGGAAGCAAAGUCCGCUUGAGCUGUGAGCUGAACAAACCAGACCUGCCGGUUCAAUGGAUGAAGGGCAGCAACGUCCUGCAAGCCGGCGAUAAGUAUGAACUCAAGCAACGGGGCACCGUGGUGGAGCUGGUCAUCCGGGAUGUGAAGGCGGCGGAUGCCGGGGAAUACACGUGUGCCAUUGGCGAGGUCAAGACAUCUGCUCAUGUGGAAGUGACGGCUGCACCAAUCAUGUUUAAAGAAGAGCUUAGAGAUACGGAGAAAGAAGAGGGGGAAGUUGUAGCUUUGCGCUGUGUCCUUGCCGCACCGGAUGUCACCGUGUCCUGGAAAAAAGGAGCCACUGUCCUUCGGGCCAGUGAGAAGUAUGAGAUGAAGAAGGAAGGCUGUGUAGCUGAACUAAUCAUUCAUGACGCAGAGACAGAGGAUGCUGGGAGAUAUUCCUGUGACACUGGAGAACAGCAGAGCACAGCUCAGGUCAAAGUCCAUGCGACACCUGUCCGUUUCAAAGAAGCCCUGAAGAACACAGAAGCCACACAAGGCGGAGUGGUCACUCUGCGUUGUGAGCUCAACAAACCUGCUCCGGUCGAGUGGAUGAAAGGGCAGAAAGGCUUGAGGCCCAGCAGCAAAUACAGAAUGAAGAAAGAAGGUCCUGUUGUGGAAUUGAUUGUCCAUGAUCUGGACCUGAAGGAUGCUGGAGAUUACUCCUGUACCGCUGGAGACCAAAAGACAACAGCUGUUCUAACAGUGAAUGCCUUGCCAGCCCAGUUCAAAAAACAACUCAAGAACGAGGAAGCCACUGAGAGUGGAACAGCCACUCUGCAAUGUGAGCUAACUAAGGCAGUCGACUCCGUCGAGUGGAUGAAGGAUCAGAAGGUGCUGGAACCCAGCGACAAGUACAGAAUGCGGCUAGAAGGCCGCUUUGCUGAGCUCACCAUCCAAGACCUGGAACCGGGGGAUGCUGGGAGCUACACUUGUGUGUGCGGAGAUCUGAAAACCACUGCUGCUUUGAAAGUCAAUGCACUGCCUGUGUUUUUUCAAGAAGAGCUAAAAAGCCACGAGGUUGCGGAGGGUGAGACGGUGACUUUGCACUGCAGGCUGAGCAAGGCCUCCCCUGUGGAGUGGCAAAAGGGGCCAAAGACACUCAAAGCAGGCGGCAGAUACAAAAUCAGGCAGGAUGGGCUCAAUGCUGAGCUGGUGAUCCAUGACUUGGUUGUGGCAGACGCUGGAGACUACUCUUGCAAGUGUGGAAACCAGAAGACUACAGCUAGCUUGACAGUGAAUGUCCUUCCCGUGCUUUUCACCAAACCCUUGAAGGACCAAGAAGCGACCGAAGGGAAAAACGUCACUCUGCAGUGUGAGCUGAACAAAGCCUCUGUCACCGUGGAAUGGAAGAAAGGCCACAAGACCCUGAAGCCAGGCUCCAAGUACAAAAUGAGGCAUGAAGGUGCCGUGGCCGAACUGGUCAUCCAAGGCCUGGACGUCACCGAUUCUGGGAGUUACAGCUGUGUUUGUGGAGGGGAGCAGACCACAGCAUCUUUAGAAGUCAAGGCCCUUCCUGUACUGUUCAAAGAAGGACUGAAGAACAGGGAAGUGGUAGAAGGCACCACGGCCACCUUGCGUUGUGAAAUGACCAGAGCGGGAGCUGAAGUGGAGUGGAGGAAGGGGCCCCAGGCCCUCAAGCCCAGCGACAAAUACCGAAUGAGACAGGAAGGAGCGGCGGCAGAAUUGCUGAUUCGGGAUCUGCAGGUGGAGGACACAGGAGAGUUUGCCUGCCUUUGUGGAGACCAAAAGACAACAGCCAUCUUGACCGUUCAUGCCGUACCCGCACAUUUCCAAGAAGAGCUCAAAAGCAAAGACGUGACCGAAGGGGAGGCGGUCAUUCUCCACUGCGAACUCAACAAGGCUGCCCCGGUGGAGUGGAGGAAGGCCGGGCAGCCGCUCAAGGCAGACGACAAACACAAAAUCAAGCAGAAGGAUCGUGUGGCUGAGCUGGCGAUCCACAAUGUCACCGAGCAGGAUGGCGGAGACUAUUCCUGCAUUUGUGGUGAUCAGAAGACAUCUGCGUCUCUAACGGUGCAUGCUCUGCCUCCACGAUUCAAAACAGAGUUGAGGAACCUGGAAGCUGCAGAAGGUGGAACGGCGACUUUGCAUUGUGAACUGACCAAAGUGGCCGCUCCUGUGGAGUGGAAGAAGGGCAGCGAGGCGCUCAGGCCAAGUGCCAAAUAUGAAAUGAAGCUGGAAGGUGUUGUUGCUGAGCUUGUCGUUCACAACCUGGAACUGGCUGAUGGCGGAGAGUACAGUUGCAUGUUUGGUGACCAGAAGACUUCCGCUUCCUUGAAAGUCAAUGCCCUCCCUGCCCAGUUCAAGAAAGGCCUGGAGAACCAAGAAGCCCUGGAAGAUGGGACGGCCACCUUCCAGUGUGAACUCACAAAACCAUCUCCUGUGGAAUGGAGGAAGAAGCAUAAGUUGCUCAAACCGAGUGACAAAUACAAGAUGAGGCAGGACGGCGUCCUCUCAGAGCUUGUGAUCUCCAACCUGGAAGUGAAAGAUGCCGGAGACUAUUGCUGUGUUUGUGGGGAUCAGAAGACAUCUGCUGCUCUGACCGUGCAUGCCGUACCUGCAUUUUUCAAAGAAGAAUUAAAAAGUACUGAAGCCACAGAAGGGGAGAUGGCUACCAUGCGUUGCAAACUCAGCAAAGAAGCCACAGUGCAAUGGAAGAAGGGGGACCAGUCUCUGAAACCUAAUGAAAAAUACACAAUGAGACAGAAGGACACCACGGUGGAACUAGUGAUCCAGGACCUAGAAGAAGGGGACGCUGGGGAUUAUGCCUGCGUUUGUGGCAAUGAACAAACUACCGCUGCUUUAGCCGUACAUGUUCUACCGGCCAGUUUUGAAGAACAUCUAAAGAGUGAGGAAGUGAUGGAAAGUGGAGUUGCCAUUCUGAGCUGCAAAUUGACCAAGGCCGCUCCAGUGGAGUGGAUGAAGGGGCAGCAUUUGCUCAGCAAAAGCGAUAAAUACCAAAUGAGGCAGGAGGGCUGCUUUGUGAAGCUGGUGAUCCAAGAUGUGGAAUUGGAAGAUGCUGCAGAAUACACUUGCCUCUGUGGAGAUGAGAAGACAGCAUCUUUCUUGACUGUUCAUGGUAAAGGAACAUGGUUGCUUACUAUUUCGCCCACUAUCCAUUUUCUGUAG